CUCGAAUGUAAUGUGAAGAAAGUGAUCAUCAUACAGAUAGUUGCUGGUGGUGGAAGCUACAGUAUGACCGGUUUAACCGCAAGAACAUUGAUAUGGAUUAUUGUUCCACUUGUGUUAGCGUCUUAUUAUUCGGAAUACCUCUAUGACACACUACAGUCAGUCAUUUCUAUCGGGAGAGUAAGAGAAGAUUUGCAGUACAGGAUCGUAGAUGGACCAGCCGGUAUAUUCGCAAGCACAAUAUACGGAGAUGUCAAAGGGAAAGUGCUGAAAACACCUAAUGGGCUGGAGUUUUAUACUUUUCUAGAUAUUCCUUAUGCAACUCCACCAGUAGAAUCAUUGCGAUUCAAGAGGCCUUUACCUCCAAAGCCAUGGAAAGGAAUCCUAGACGCAACAGAGAACAAGAAGAUAUGUUGGAACCUGGCUAUAAUUGACAUAGAAGAUGAUCCAAGACAAAAUGAAGAUUGCCUAUAUCUGAAUGUGUAUGUUCCGAAGAGUCCAUCCAACAAGGGAUUAUUACCAGUAAUGUUCUACAUUACGGGUGGCAUGUUCGCGUUCAACGACGGUACAUUCAAGAGCUGGAAGCCAUACAACUUUGUCGAGAGGGAUAUUAUAAUGGUAGCCAUGAACUUCCGUCAGGGCCCCUUAGGAUUGUUGACUACAAACGACGGGGUGAUACCGGGAAAUUUGGCACUAUGGGAUCAGAACAUGGCAUUGAAAUGGGUGCAGAAAAACAUUGAGAGGUUUGGAGGUGAUCCCAAGAAGGUUACGAUAAACGGGCACAGCUCUGGCGGAGCUUUUGCCACAGCGCAUUUGCUCAGCAAACAUUCUAAAGGUCUUUCAGCGGAGUUAUUGCCCAAAGCGGUGCUAUCACAGGCAUGGACUAUCUUCAGCCUUAUCCCAAGUACAAUGCUUACAAGCUUGCUAACACUAUUGAUCCAAGCAUUACUACUCAGAAUUCUUCGGAGGAGUUACUUGCCUUCCUCAUGACCGUCCCUGCUAAAACUCUUUCUGAUACCACCAAGAUACACCCAGAUCCCGAGCACGAUACCAGAGUGGUCAUUGGUUUCGAAUACGAACUGAUAUGGAAACCAGUAAUGGAGCCUAGUGAUGAUGAAGAUGCCUAUUUUAGUGGGUAUCCAGACGAUAAGUUCCGAGAAGGCAUUUUCAACAAGGUGCCAGUUAUGGUAGGAAUUACGUCGGAAGAAGGGGCACUAAUAGGAGGUUGGAAAGACAGAAUAGAACUUAUUGACGAUCAUCCCGAACUGCUUUACAGUCAAGUGGAAGGCUUAACAGAAAGAGAAAAGAGAGAACUAGGAGAGAAAAUGAUAAGGGUAUACACUGAAGGGAAAUUAGAGAAAAAUUUGACAGCUGCGGUGAAAUUAUAUAGCGACGUGGGAUUCAGUAACAGAAUUAUAAAAUUUGCUGAUCUCGUUUCACCCUACGUUGACGUUUAUUUCUACCAGUAUUCUUUUUUUGGUGCAAUAGAAAACAAGGCUGGUCCCAUAGUAGAAAUGGAAGGUGAGUAA